AGCAGGGCGGUGCGGCUGGCGGGGCAGGCGGAGGCCGUGGCGGCUGCGGCUGGAGCGAGAGCGCUACGCCACGCGACCGCGGCUUCCCGAGCUCCGCCUGGCUGCCCAGCGCCGCAGCCCGCCCGAGGCCUGGAGGGGUCCGGGCCGCCGUCUAUGGUCGCGGCGUCCUGAGGCGGGGGACGCGCCCGGCGCCCCCAGCCCUCCUCCGCCUCCUGCUGUCGGGCGGGCGGCCUCCUCGGGCGCCUCCCUGCGCCCGCCCGCCCGCUCGCCCGCCGCCUCCCUCCCUCCUUCCUUGCAGCUCCCCCGGCUUUCGGGGGCCCGGGGGCGGCCUGUGGCGCGCCGAGCCCGCGCCGGACUGCGCCUCUUUGGACCUUGAGGGGAAACAUGCGUUUGGCUUGGAUCGUUUUAAAUUCUUAGUUUGGGAUCCCCGCUCGCCUGCCUCUUCCGCCCGCAGGUUUUCUUUUCUUUUUUUCUUUUUUUUCCUUUUUUCUUUCCCGGUCUCCUUUUUUGACUCCCUCCCCCUUUAUGCUCGCCCAACCCUACCCCCGCUGCUGAGAAGUGGGGGAGGGUCUCGGCCUCCAGGUUCCCGCCCCACCGGGGCCCGGGCGAGCAUGGGGGGCAAGCAGAGCACGGCGGCCCGUUCCCGGGGCCCUUUCCCGGGGGUCUCCACCGAUGACAGCGCCGUGCCCCCGCCGGGAGGGGCGCCCCACUUUGGGCACUACCGGGCGGGCGGCGGGGCCAUGGGGCUGCGCAGCCGCUCGGUCAGUUCGGUGGCGGGCAUGGGCAUGGACCCCAACACGGCCGGGGGGGUGCCCUUUGGCCUCUACACCCCCGCCUCCCGGGGGACCGGCGACUCCGAGAGGGCGCCCGGCGGCGGAGGGUCGGCGUCCGACUCCACCUAUGCCCACGGCAAUGGUUACCAGGAGACGGGCGGCGGUCACCAUAGAGACGGGAUGCUGUACCUGGGCUCCCGAGCCUCGCUGGCGGAUGCUCUACCUCUGCACAUCGCACCCAGGUGGUUCAGCUCGCACAGUGGUUCCCAAAGCAUGGAUUCAACCAUGGAAAAAAUUCCAGAAAGUUCCAAAAAGCAAAACUGGAGUUUGCCACUCACUGGUUUCAAGUGCCCCAUUUGCUCCAAGUCUGUGGCUUCCGAUGAGAUGGAAAUGCACUUUAUAAUGUGUCUGAGCAAACCUCGCCUCUCCUACAACGAUGACGUGCUGACUAAAGAUGCGGGUGAGUGUGUGAUCUGCCUGGAGGAGCUGCUUCAGGGGGACACGAUAGCCAGGCUGCCCUGCCUGUGCAUUUAUCACAAAAGUUGCAUAGACUCGUGGUUUGAAGUGAACAGAUCUUGUCCAGAACACCCCGCGGACUGACCCUGCUGGGCUCGCUUGCUGACUCCUCUCAAAGAUUGCCGUCUGCUGCCCGGCCAGAACCCCACUCAGUGACAAAACGACCAGAGCCGGGUUCUCGCCACUCGCAGAGCAGAGCUCACAGCCCUCCUGUGCCCGGCACCCGGCGGUCUCUCCAUCAACCGCUCUGCCUUGGUUUUUUUUUGUUGUUGUUCGUUUGGUUUUUUCCCCAAUUUUCUGGCUUGGUUUUGCACUUUUCUCCCCCUUGGGACCCUGAUAUCUUGACUUCAUUGCCAAAAACCAACCCACUGAGGACCUUCUCCCCGCCUCCUUUCCAUUUCUCCUCCCCUCUUCCCUCCUGGUUCUGGUCAGUUCAGAGGAUUUAACAAUCACAAGUGUCCUGCAAAAAUGCCUGAACGUUUUUCUUAGACCCUUGUGGAUUUUUUUUCCAGAAAACCUAGACAAACAAAAGACUUAUUAAAGGGAUAUGUACAGCUGCCCCUGUUUUCAGGCAUUCUGUUUGAGAACAUUCUAGCCAUUGAUGUUCAC